UUCGUUACUGCCUAUGCGUAACUCUCGUGAACUAUCUCAGUUCAGAUACGAACGACCCGUGGUUCAAACGCUGGUUGUUGACGACCACCAGUCUCUUAAAGAUGGAAACUUCAAUUGAUGGAAAGACGAAAAUGCCUAAAAUUGCCAAGGUUAAGAACAAGAUGCCUGCUCCAGUGCAAAUUACAGCAGAACAGUUGUUGAGAGAGGCGAAGGAAAGAGAAUUGGAAUUGGUUCCUCCACCUCCAAAGCAGAAGAUUUCAGACCCAGAAGAACUGGCAGAUUAUCGGAUGCGAAAAAGAAAGGCUUUUGAAGACAACAUUCGGAAGAACCGUUCUGUUAUGACCAACUGGAUCAAGUAUGCUCAGUGGGAGGAGAGCCAGAAGGAACUUCAAAGGGCUCGGUCUGUGUGGGAGAGAGCACUUGAUGUUGACCAUCGGAAUAUCACAGUGUGGCUGAAAUAUGCUGAGAUGGAAAUGAAAAACCGACAGAUAAAUCAUGCCCGCAACAUAUGGGAUAGAGCUGUCACCAUUUUGCCACGAGCCAACCAGUUUUGGUACAAGUAUACAUACAUGGAAGAGAUGUUAGGAAAUAUUGCAGGUUGCAGACAAGCGUUUGAGCGCUGGAUGGAGUGGGAGCCAGAGGAGCAAGCUUGGCAUUCAUACAUUAAUUUUGAACUUAGAUAUAAAGAACUCGAUCGAGCUCGUGCCAUAUAUGAGCGAUUUGUGCUGGUGCAUCCGGAGGUGAAGAAUUGGAUAAAAUAUGCACGCUUCGAAGAGAAGAACAGCUAUAUCAAUUCAGCUCGCACAAUUUAUGAACGGGCUGUACAGUUUUUUGGGGACGAAAAUGCUGAUGAGAAUCUUUUCUUAGCUUUUGCGAAGUUUGAAGAAGGACAAAAGGAGCAUGACAGAGCAAGAGUUCUCUACAAGUAUGCACUUGACCAUCUUCCUAAAGAGCGUUGUAAUGAAAUAUACAAGCAGUACACUGUUCAUGAGAAAAAGUUCGGCAGUCGCACUACCAUCGAAGACGUGAUUGUCAGCAAAAGACGAUUUCAUUAUGAAGAGGAAGUGAAAGCAAACCCAAUGAACUAUGAUGCAUGGUUUGACUACUUGAGACUUUUAGAAGCUGAUGGUGAUGUCAAUCUUCGAGAAACAUAUGAAAGAGCCAUUGCAAAUAUUCCUCCAUCAAAGCAAAAGCGUCAUUGGAGGCGGUACAUCUAUCUCUGGAUUAAAUAUGCUCUGUUUGAAGAACUUCAGGCAGAAGACAUGGAACGAACAAGGGAAGUUUACCGUACUGCCCUUAGUAUCAUCCCUCAUAAAUGCUUCUCAUUUGCUAAGGUGUGGCUGCUGUUUGCAAAGUUUGAAAUUCGACAGAAAAACCUCACAGCUGCACGAAAAAUCAUGGGCACGGCCAUUGGCAGAUGUCCAAAAAACAAGAUGUUCAGAGGUUACAUUGAACUUGAAUUACAGCUUCGGGAAUUUGAUCGUUGCCGCAUUCUGUAUGAAAAGUUUUUGGAGUUUAAUCCACAGAAUUGCACAACAUGGAUGAAAUAUGCAGAGCUUGAAACCAUAUUGGGAGAUAUCGACAGGGCACGAGCGAUAUUCAUGCUGGCAGUCAAUCAGCCUCAGCUUGACAUGCCUGAGGUGUUGUGGAAGUCCUUCAUUGACUUUGAGAUUGAACAGGAAGAAUAUGAUCGCACCCGCGCAUUGUAUAAUCAGCUUUUGACACGAACACAGCAUGUCAAGGUGUGGAUCAGCUAUGCCAAAUUUGAAAGAGGAACAGAAGAGGAAGAUGCUGUGGAAAAAGCGCGUAGUGUUUAUCGCCGUGCCAACCAACAGCUGCAGAACAGCAUGGAAAAAGAAGAACGCCUAAUGUUGCUGGAAGCGUGGCAGGAGUUUGAGAUGGAAUGUGGAGAUUCAGAAACACAAAAGGCUGUGAAAAAGCUUAUGCCUCAGAAAGUGAAGAAGAGAAGAAAGGUUCAAACAGAGGAAGGAGUGGAUGGUGCCUGGGAGGAAUUUUAUGACUACAUCUUCCCAGAUGAAGCAGCUUCUCAACCCAAUAUCAAGCUGAUGGCUUUGGCUAAACUGUGGAAGAAAGAUCAGUCCACUGUCAAAGAAAACUUGGAAGAAAAAAGUGAUCAAGAUAAUGACAACAAGGAUGAUAAGGAACCAGAAGGUGAUGAGAUGGACAAAGAUGAUGGUGAGACUGUGACUGCAAAUAUUAGCAAGUUAUGACUGCAGCUUAGACAGUAACUGUCUAUUUUAUUUGGGGAAAUGAGGCGUGAUUAAGCAUCUGAUUCUGCAGGAGUGGCAGGAAGGUAGCUCUUCAUGGAUAAUUGUGCUGCAAAGAUGCAGUUUGCCAAACAAGAGAAGCCCUUCCAGAGAAGAGGUGAAGGAAAUCUACUCCAGGUUCUCAGAGAAAGAGGCACAAGUGCGGCAAAGAAAAGGGACUACCUUUUUUUCCUAUCAGUUUUGACUUAAAGCUUUUGCUUUAUUUUUCCUCCCUCAGAAUCAGGCUGGUCACCAAAUUACCAGCUAACAACCCCAGUUUAUUCUUACUUGCCCAUAUUAUCAACAGAAACUGUCUACUAUCCCAUCAAUCAAGCGGCCUCUUUAAACUUCAUCUAAUGAUGAAGAUAAAAUUUCUGAAGUAAAAUGUAUUUUUAUUGAGGCUGAUAUUCACAUAUAUAUAAAUGGUAAUAUGCAUUGUUUGUAUGUGGAAGACUACAAUUUUGUGUAUGUAGUAUAAGUGACAUUCAUGUCUGGAUUCACAAUAGAUGUUGCUGAAGUAUGAAUGAUCUCUUGGGCUCUUUUGUUUCAUUCAGAUUAACAGAAUUUGUUUUUCCUUUUGCGUCUGUUGCCUUCAGAGCUGAAAGAAAGGUGUGCAAUAAAUGCGUUCCAAUGAUUCAAA